UUUUUUCAUUAAUUAGAUAGGAGAGUCAGCUUAAGACUAGAUUGCACUGACUUUUAAUAUCUGAACCCAUUAUAAAACACUUGUUUUUAAGUUGCUACAACAAGGUGUUACUAAUUGUUUCAAGUUGCUACAAACACAACAAACUCAAUCAGAAAUGUGAGACUUGUUGAAUGACAAAGGAAACAAAUGUGUUAGAAAAUCAGACCAAAAUAUCAUGGUUGAUAUGGUCCGACUGGAUAAAAAUCUGAAAUCUGAAGCUAAAAAUUUAGUCUGUCAGUUCCUACAUGAUUUUUUCAGAUAAUUUUAAAAUUCUUGACUACCUAAAAUCUGCAGACUAUCUCUGACUUUUGACAAUUUGCACUGAUGACAAAAUGAGAAAAAAAAAAUCUAAGCAUUAUGUAGUAGCUCCAUUCGGUGUAGUGCUUCUUAUCAUUACACUGUACAAUUGGUUCAGAAAUGUCACAUUUUCAAAUGUUAUGUUGGAUUGAAUGAACGAAUUCAAACACUACUAAUGUCACAAGUUGACAUACCCUGUUCUGCAAACUCUGUCAGUAGAUCAUUCUUUGUUGCUUAACAACAGGUGCCCACGAAUAGACAUAUUUUUUUUGUUGUGUGGCCUAAUCACAUUAACCCUUCUGCUGGCAUCUGUCCCAGUUGCUCAAAGUGAUGAGUUUCUUGUCUUUCCUGUGGAUGGCAGUCACUGAGUCAACAUGAACAUCUUGGUUGAGGCACUAAAUGCCAAAGGUCACAAUAUUACAGCCAUUCAGAUGGUACUGUAGGCCGCUGGUACUGUAGAUCAAACAGUUAUCACUUCACUACAAAUCAAUAAGUCUGCAGGAGGUUUUAGUGAAGAAUUCUUUGAGACUUUUGCAUCCAGAAUUAUAAACAUUUUGAGGGAAGGUUCCACUUCGGGUUGUCUAAAUCUGUUGGAUAUGUUGGAAAAUGCUUAAGGGAUGCAAGUGAUCAACAUGAUUGAGGAUCAUCUGCUAAUGCAAUCCUUAAAGGAGGCCAGUUUUGAUUUGUUUCUUGCAGAUCCAGUCAAGGUUGGAUGUGUUCUAUUGGGUCACUCAUUCUGCCCAUUCUCCACAAUAUCCGCUGGACAGUUUACUGUGAACUCAUUUUGCAAUAGCUCCUUCUCCACUUUGUUAUGUUCCUGUUUCAAUGCUAGAGUUACCAGACCAAAUGAGAGUGAAGAGAGUCUGAGAGUGAAGAAUGUUGUGAUGAAAUAUGAAUGGAAAGGUUUUUCACAUGCGUUGGCCAGUCACAUUAACCCUUCUACUAGUAACUGUUCCAGUUGUUCAGAGCGGGAAUGUUCUUGUCUUUCCUGUGGAUGGCAGUCACUGGGUCAACAUGAACAUCUUGGUUGAAGCUCUUCAUGCCAAAGGUCACAAUAUUACAGUAAUUCGGAUGGCAGACAGCUGGUACAUCAAAGAGUUCUCACCUCACUACACAUCCAUAAAUCUCAAGUCCUCAGGAGGACUCACUAAAGACUUCUUCGGACCAUUUGUAUCUAGACUUGUGAACAUUUUGAGGGAAGGUUCAACAUGGGGUCGUGUAAAGUUAGAGAUAGAGAUGUGGCAAACUAGUUUAAAGAUGAUUGAAAUAGAACGUGAGAUGAUAACCAACAUGAUUGAAGAUCAGCAGCUUAUGCAGUCUUUAAAAAAUGCAAAGUUUGAUUUGAUUCUUACCGAUCCUGCCAUGUACGGAGGGGUCAUGUUGGGUCACUAUCUUAAACUGCCCAUUGUCUACAAUGUCCGUUGGACAAUAUUUGGUGAAGGUCAUUUUGCAAUAGCUCCAUCUCCUCUUUCUUAUGUUCCUGUUCCAAUGCUAGGGUUACCAGACCGCAUGAGUUUCUUGGAAAGAGUGAAGAAUGUUGUGAUGUACAUUAUCACAGAAACACAAAUUGCUUUUUUGAUUGCCCCAACUUAUAAUGCCCUCUGUGAACGCUUCAUUGGCCCAGGUGUAAAUUUUGGCAACUUAGUUCAGGAAGCUGAUCUGUGGCUCCAUAGAGCUGAUUUUGUGUUUGAAUAUCCACGUCCCACUAUGCCAAACAUCGUCUACAUGGCGGGUUUUCAGUGCAAGCCAUCAAAGCCUCUCCCACAAGAUCUGGAGGACUUUGUUCAGAGCUCUGGUGAUCACGGUGUCAUCAUCAUGUCUCUGGGGACUCUCAUUGGUCAGCUUCCUGAUGAUGUGGCCGAGGCAAUUGCUGAAGCCUUUGCAGAACUUCCACAGAAGAUCAUCUGGAGAUACAAAGGAAAGAGACCAUCUGCACUAGGAAACAACACCUUAAUGAUGGACUGGAUGCCUCAGAAUGAUCUUCUGGGUCAUCCCAAGACCAGAGCCUUUGUGGCACAUGGAGGAACCAAUGGAGUUCAAGAAGCCAUCUACCACGGGGUGCCAAUCAUUGGGUUUGGCCUGAUUUUUGACCAGCCUGACAAUCUUUCUAAAAUGAGAGCACGAGGUGCAGCCAAGAAUGUAGACUUUGCCACAGUGGAUAAGGAGUCCUUCCUUAAAACAGUCAAAGAGGUUCUUUAUGAUCCCUCUUAUCGAGAGAACAUGCAGAGACUCUCGAGGCUUCACAAGGACGUUCCAGUGAAGCCUCUGGACAACGCCAUCUUCUGGAUUGAGUUUGUUAUGAGACACAAAGGUGCCGCUCACUUGCGCACGGAGUCAUACAAAAUGCCUUGGUACUCUUAUCACUCUGUUGAUGUUAUUCUGGUGCUGAUUUCUGCUGUGUCUCUCAUAAUCCUGACCAUAUAUGCAGUUAUCAGAUAUUUCUGCUGUCGAAUAUGCAUAAGAAAGAUGAAAAACAAAAGAGAGUGAGGUUUAAUUAAAUUUACACAAAAUGUGUGUAAGAUACACUUUUUAUAGCUAUAUUGAUUAUUUUAGACUUUAUACAGAACAAUUUUAAGGAAAUAAACAAGCUGGUAUAUUGAUUAAAAUAACAUAUUUGUGACCAUUUAUACCUUGAAUUCACAUGGCAAUUGAAGAACCUGUCAUGAGUUAUUUCUUACAUAAGAAUCAGUUGUAUUUAAUUAUUAACUUUAAAGUGGAUGAAAUAUUUUGCACUCGAAAAUAAGUUGUGUAACCUCAUUUUUUUAAUCAAAUAACACAUUUUAAUUUUAAAAUGAAAAUUGUUCUUGGAAAAUAUAUAUUUGGCAACCAUUUCUCUAGUCUUGAGUAUCACAUGAUUAUUCUGAUAUCAUUCUAAUAUGAUGAUUUUCUGCUAAAUAAAAAA